AUGGGCUGCCCGCGGCGCCUGUUCGCGGCCGCGGCCCUGUGGCUGGUGACGUCGUCCCAGCGCGCGCGGCCGCGCCGCGACCUCGGCGCGUCGAGCGCCGCGACGUCCGGUCAGCGCUACAAACCGCAGCGCGUGGCGACCUACGCCGGGCCGCGCCUCGGCGACACGGUGAACCGGAGCGCGUCGCCGCUGCCGCGGCCCUGGUCGGCCUGCGAGCGCUGCGGCGUCGUGACGACGAUCAAUCCGCCGAGCGAGGCGAUCCUGCGCGUGGGCAACGCGUCGGGCUGGUGCCUCGUCGUCGUCGGCGACCGGAAGACCGCCGACGGCCCUUACGAGGCGCUCGCGGCCGCGGCGCCGGCGACCGUCGCGUACCUGAGCGCCGCGGCGCAGGAGACCCUGCCCUACGGCCUCGCGAGCGCGACGCCCUGGGACCACUUCGCGCGCAAGAACCUGGGCUACCUCUACGCCAUCCACGCGGGCGCGGCGACGAUCUUUGACUUCGACGACGACAACGUGCUCCUCGGCGCGCCGCCGGCCUCGGCCGGUGCGGCGGCGCGGGCGUCGGACCCGCGCCUCGCGGCGCCCGACGCGCCCGACGCCGGGAGCGCCUUCUUCAACGCCUACGCGGCGUCGUUCGGCGCGGAGAAGGCGUGGCCCCGGGGAUUACCGUUGGACGCGAUCAACGGCCCCGCGGCCGCGGCCGCGGCCGACGACCCGCGCGCGGCCGACGACGUCGUCGUCGCCCAGCUCCUCGCGAACCACGACCCGGACGCGACCUUGUUCGACCGGGCCGCCUUCUGGGCGCUGCUCCUGCCCGCGUCCGUCCACGGCCGCGUCGCCGACAUCUGGCGCGGCUUCGUCGCGCAGCGCGUGCUCCGGGCCGCGGGGCUCCGGCUCGCGUUCCUGCCGCCGGGCGUGACCCAGCUCCGCAACGACCACGACGCCCUCGCCGACUACAUGAGCGAGCGGCCCUUGUACGAGAAGGCCGACGCCGUCGUCCGCGUGCUCGACGGCGUCGCGCCGCACCGGCCGGGCGGCUCCGUCGCGCGCGCGGUCGAGGACGCCUACGUCGCCCUCUACGAGCACGGCCUCGUCGCCCUCGACGACGUCGCCUACGCCCAGCUCUGGCUCGCGGACCUCUACGCCGUCGGCCUCGCGCUCCCGAAGCUCCGGCGCCACAAGGCACGGCACCGGCCGGUAAUGAUGGUCAAAAAUGGUGGACGGUGA